AUGUCGGCCGCCUUCAGGAAAGCCGCCAAGUCGGGGCAGCGCCCGCACCGCGAGCGAGCACAGCCGGCGGCGCGGCGGAAGCUGGGGCUGCUGGAGAAGAAGAAGGACUACCGGCUGCGAGCGGACGACUACCGCAAGAAGCAGGAUGCGCUGCGCGCGCUGCAGAGGAAGGCGCUGGAGCGCAACCCCGACGAGUUCUACUUCCAGAUGGUCCGCAGCAGCCUGCAGGAUGGCGUUCACGUGGUCAAGCAGCCCAAGGACGAGGUGACGCCCGAGCAGGCCAAAGUGAUGAGGACGCAGGACCUCAAGUACGUGGAGAUGAAGCGGGUGGCGGAAGCCAAGAAAAUCGAAAGGCUGAAGUCGGAGCUCCAUCUCCUGGACGCGGAGGGGAAGCAGCCCAACAAGCACGUGUUCUUCUUUGAUACCAAAAAAGAAGUUCAAGAGUUUGAUAUUGCAACUCACCUGAACACCGUUCCGGAGCUGGUGGACAGAGUGUACAACCGCCCGACCAUUGCAACGUUACAGAAAGAGUCGCUGAAAGGAGCUACUGAUCCUGCCCACCUAAAGAAAUUAGCCCAACAAAGGAAGAAUCAGUAUGACCUCCUGAAGCAGCGAAUUGAGCGAGAAAAGACCAUGUUUGUAAUUGCACAGAAGAUUCAGACACGCAAAGACCUUUUGGAUAAAACACAGAAAGUGAAGGUGAAGAAAGAGACAACAAACAGUCCAGCUAUUUACAAGUUCAAAUUUCAGCGGAAACGCUAAUUGUUCCAUGAAGUAAUUAAUGUAACCUUUGUUUAGAAGGAAGAUUCUCUUUAAGAAGUACCGAUACAGCAUCAACAUCAGUCUGGCUUCCACUGCAAUCUUAACACCAUGUCAAAACAAAUUACUCUGGGCCUUCUGUAGCUAUAAACAUGUAUCUAAUUAAUGGAUUAAUAAAUCAGUUUAUCCUCAUGGUGUUUACA